GCGCAACCUACCGACCACACGUGUCACCAGUGACCGGCGCGGUGACCCCGGGACACCACUACCGAACCACACACGACACAGAACACUCGUGUUCCCAAUAUGUGCCAGUGAAUGGACACCAGUGAAAAAAUAAAAAAAAAAACUUAAAGUGAAGUGACUCUCGUCGUGUGAUGUGCUGAAAGAGAGGGUGACGAGCAGUGUUUAAAGUUUACAGCCGCAGCCUCAGCCGCUUAUCAGAAAAUAUGGUGAGAGGGGCGGCGUUGGCGCUCGUGAUAGCGCUGGCAUGGGCGUGCAAGGCGCACGCCAGUGUCCUAGUGCCCACCUACGUGCGGCCGCCUGACUCGUUCGUGCGCGAUCAGCGCAGCUUCACCCCGCAAAUAGAUAUUGACGCUGCCGAGUCCCAGCGAACGAUCAAGCGUCUUAUUGGCGGGCACAUGAAAAACAAGGACUACAGCAGCGCAAAGAAUUCUAUUUCAUUAGAUGACAAAAGUGAAAGUGGAAAAUUCGUGGGCGUGAUUGCGCCGGAUCAGUCGGGCGGCACCGUGGGAUGGAAUCAAGGCAUUUGGGAUGACGGCAUGCUCAUGUCCAGCGCCGGCGAGGGAAAAGAAGCUGGAAAAGUUAAGGAAGACGAGGAAGAUAAAAAGACAUUAUCCGAUCAGGUGGCAGAAGGGAAAUAUGGUCUUAUACAGAAUGAAAUAUUUCCUAAAACUCCAAAGCGACCAGGAAUAAUUAGUUAUGAACCAAAUUCAGAGACAAGAACAAAAGACAACCUACAGAGUUUAGGAGGUCUAAAGAAAGACGAAAUAUGGCUUGCAGAAGACCACCUGCUAGUUUUGAAAGGAGGUUCGUUCCCGGAGCGUACUAAAGAAAGUGAUAAUAGACCAUGGCCACCGAUCGACAACUACGAGGCGCCUAGAAGGCAAGUAAAACUACCACAGAAACCCAAAGUGCCUCCGCCCUUUCCGGUACAACUCUCCGACAACGGACCGCUCGUCUUCCUUACGCCAAACGGUAGCGUCCCUGCGGGCUUUUUCCCUCCCUUCCCUGCAGGAGAGGGCGAAAGCCCUCUACCUCCUCCGCCAUUCCCAUUCCCACCGGGAGCGCCCUACCCCCCGGGUGACUAUCAGGGAAACUCUACUGCCGGGGGAGCGCCGCUGCCAAUUCCUCCGUUCCCAUUCCUACCUGGGAAUGCGAGCGAAGGAGCAUUCCCCUUCCCACCACCCAUGAAUGGAUCUUUUCCAGAAGGCUUUCCUCCGGGCGCAGUGUUUCUACCACCACCGAGCAACCAGUCAGACCUGUACGACGAAGACGACCCUUCGAUUUACUAUCCGCCGCCUUACAAUUUUUCUUACCGCGCUGACUAUAACAACAGCGUACCAGCUGGACCACUAGUUCCUGGUAUAAUAUUACCACCGCCACCAGAUUUCUUUGCGCCAAUGGAAGAAAAAUCGACUACGGAAGAAAUUAAAACAACUAGACCACCCACUACUUACUCAAGGCCGAAACCAACUACUAAAUCACCUGCUUUAGUAAAUCGCCAUAAAUAUAAGACAAGGCCAACAACAAGCACGACCACAACAGAAACUACAAGAACUACCGAAAUACCCAGUACAAUAACAACGCCGCUUCCAAUCGAAAUUGUAACAAAUCCAAAAAUAAGAAAACCUCAACGUAUACCAUCAAGAGCUCCCGUACGCGUCCAAAAUCUUCCAGAUGAUGUCACACCACGACCAAAAACAGAAAAGCCAAUUUACAAAACUAGAACCAAACCUACAUCCAAACCAUUGUCAGUUUCAGUCAUUUAUGACUACCCAGAACCUAUAUAUGACACAAAAAUACCGACAACAUCUGAGAAACCUUAUAUAAUAUAUAAUGUACAGGAAAAGACGCCUAACGUAGUUAUUGACGAUGUAGUCACAUCAACCCCCGUGCCAUUGAGAGCAUACUACUCAAACACUGAAAAUGAAGUGCCCACAACUAAAUUACAGCCGGUAUAUAAUCAGAAAGCUAAAGAAAACCCACUGGCUUCUUUCUACUUCUACGACGAACAACCAAAAACGUCACCAUCGCCUGCCACAUUUUUCGAUGGCAGGAAUUAUUACAAGACAGUGCCAAUCAGUCAAACACCAUUUACGCAACAAAAUGUUAAUCCUCAAUCUGGUUUCACACCGGCAGUUGAUGUUUCAUAUGGAGCGAUCGAUCAAGCAGAUGCACUAUUUUUAUGGCCGCAAAAACAAGGACCACGUACGCUCACCCAAGAGUAUUUCAGUAUACAGAAACCGAGACCUCAAACGGUUUAUGUUCAGCAGCCAAAGCAGCGGCCGGAUGCAUUCUAUCAACAAAUAGCUGACAUUCAACAAACGAUAGACUUAUUUACGACAAAGAGACCGAAGGCGCAUUCGCAUAGACCACAUAGCCACAAACCUAAGGCUAUUACAUCGAGACCUGUUUAUCAAUUCAGCUAUCAAAGUAAACCAAGACCAGAACAAUUGACUUUCCGUGCACCUAAAUUAGAUCCAGAACCUUUCAGACCAAUGGUGAGUUACAGCAAACCUUUUAACUUUGGAAGCGAAUUCAAUGGUAUAACUCCAUCAGUAUCACCUGGAUACCAACAACAGUACCUAAUAGAAAAUAUAGUUACUACUGAAAAUCCAACUGCGACUAGAUAUUAUCCUAAAACGAAAUUACAUGAUCAACAUUAUAACGAUGCACUAAUCGGGAAAGAUAUUCGAUCCAAGCCGAAUAGAAACCACAUACCGAUUCAGAACGACAAACCAGCAUCAGUUCAAAUACAAAACAGACAACCAAGUACCACGGCAAAUCCGAUCGAAAAUGGUUAUUACACUAAACAAGACGAGAGAUAUCUAGACGAUAUCACAAAAAAUUCUUUUGAUAUUUUUGGCAAAAAAAUUGAGGACAACACGCAUGAUGUGAACGGUUUAGCAGUGACACCACCGCUCAACACUGUCAGGACUCCAAUCGACAACAAUAUAAAUCUACAGUACGCGUACGAGGUCGUGGAAUCCCAGAGUCCAAACCCACCAUCAUUGGACAGAGACACACUUGUGAAUGAGCGUCUCCCACGUCCACCGAUCAACCCGGACAGCGAGCCCGUUAUCCAAAGGCAUCCGAACGCAGAGUUAGUCCAGCAAAAACCACCAUCACUGAUAGAUGACACGCUAGUGAAUGAGCGACUGCCACGGCCGACUGUUAACCCUGAUAGUGAGUUUAUCCCUAUACCGAACCCCGGAUACAGAACUGCAGAGCAAUACAGAGUUCAAAAUCAAGUACAAAGACCGCAGUUCACUGGCGAGCAGUACGACCUUAACAGCCCCGCGUUGGGUGACGACACGGCGGUUAACUACCGAAGACCGCUACCGCCUAUCAACCCAGAUGCGGAAUGGAUAACCCCAGUGAACGCGGCAGGCGAAGGCAGACCGGGCUCAUUCGUGUCAUACCGGCUGCCAGGCGAAGGCGCGCAUGUGUACUUCCUGACACCACAAGCUGCGCAGGCAGCACAGGCGGCGCAGGCCCGCCAGAGGUACAGGCCGCCCGGAUACGGACGGUGAAACCAAAGCUCUAGUCUGAACAGUGAACGCCGCGUAAGCGACGUGCAGUGUAAAUAUAAAGCGCAAAUGUGAUGUUUUAAGUGUCCUAAGUAGUGUAACAAACAAAAGACUAGCGGGCGAGAUCCGCAUUGCCAUAAUAUUUAAAACACGAGUUUUUUUUUUAUUUAAUUAUAAUGUAAUGUGUUUUAUUGUGCGCUAAUGUUCUGGAACAUAACGGACGCUCUGUAUUUUUGAUAUACUAUUUAUUAAUUUAUUGUUAAGAGACUGUGGUGCAUGCAUAAUGAUAGCUAAUUUAUUUAUGUCAGUAUUCUCAUGAACUGUCUGGGAUGAUGUGAUAUGUUAUAGUGUGACAAUGAUUGUGAGCAUUGUUAUAAAGUUAAUAAUGAAAACAAUUGUUAUCUAAUUGUUAUUUAAACAAAAUAAUAACAAAUCAUUGUGAUUUUGUAUUUUAAUAAACGAAGAUGAAUAAUAAUGAAACAUUAAAUUUUGUAUAAAUUAAA